GUACCCGGUGUAAAUGUGCACUAUAUUUGUCAUAUGUUAUUACAUCCUAAAAAGAUUGUAUUUCAAUCAAGAAUUGCAGUUAUCAGAGCAGACACUUUAAACGAGUGAGACCCGGAGAAACACAUAUUCAGGUGUAUAAAAUCACUAUUGAUUAGGUACUCUUCAGUACCGAAUGAAUGUGGGGCAUACUUGUGAAUAAAUGUCCUGUUUUUUCCUGGAACAGCAUGUCUAUUUUAUUUCAUUUUGGAUAUAUUUACUGUCUUUUGCAAGGAAUUUCAGUUCAGGCUUCAACCACUACAACUUCUACUGACGAAUUAACACAGCUUUAUGAAACGAUAGCAAUAAACACUACACAGAGUUCUUUACAAACAACCACCCAGUCAGAAACCUCAUUGAGUUCAGAACAUGGCAAUACCACCGGGUCAGCAACCACAACGACGAGUGGUGGAAAUACCUCUGAAAUACCAACGAUACCGAUGGAAAACGCAACAAUCGCAACAACAAUAGCAACAACAAUAACUACUUCUGGGUGGAAUUCGACGAACACAGAACCGACAACAAAUGCAACAACAUUAACUACUACUUCAUUAAUGAAUUCCACGAAUACGGAGCUAAUAACACUCACGACGGAAAUUACAACCACUGAACCAACAACUAUUACGACAGAAAGUACAACCAUUGCACCACCAACAACAACAGAAAGUACUACCACCGAAUCAACAACUAUUACUACAGAAAGUACAACCACUGAACCACCACCAACAACAGAAAGUACUACCACCGAAUCAACAACUAUUACUACAGAAAGUACAACCACUGAACCACCACCAACAACAGAAAGUACAACCACUGAACCACCAUCACCAACAACAACCGAAAGUACAACCACUGAAACAUCAACAACAACAACAGAAAGUACAACCACUGAACCACCAUCACCAACAACAACAGAAAGUACAACCACUGAACCACCAUCACCAACAACAGAAAGUACAACCACUGAACCAUCAACAACAACAACAACAGAAAGUACAACCACUGAACCACCAUCACCAACAAUAGAAAGUACAACCACUGAACCAAUAAUAAUAUCAACAUUAACAGAUAGUACAACCACUACACCAACAACUACAUCAACAGAAAUUUUAACCACUGAACUAAUAACUAUUUCAACAGAAAGUGCAACCACUGAAUCAGAAACUACUGAAUCAGAAACUACUGAAUCAGAAACUACAACGACAGAGAGUAGAUCCACUCAAAAUACAACAACGUAUAUUACAACAACUGAGCCACUAUCUACUACUGAUAUUGAUUACUGCUUCCUUGAUCCCUGUCAAAACAACGGAACCUGUACAGACCUGGUCAACGACUACCGCUGCGAUUGUGUUCCUGGAUAUAACGGAACAAACUGUGAAAACGAUAUUAAUGAUUGUCAAACACAACCUUGUCAAAACAAUGGAACUUGUACAGACCUGGUGAACGACUACCAAUGUAAUUGUGUUGCAGGAUUUAAUGGAACAAAUUGUGAAAACAAUAUUAAUGAGUGCUUCCCCUUUCUCUGUGAAAACAACGGAACCUGUAGAGACCUAGUCAACGCGUACCAAUGCGAUUGUGUUCCUGGAUUUAAUGGAACACACUGUGAAAACAAUAUUGACGACUGCUCGCCAGGUCCCUGUCAAAACAAUGGAUCUUGUAUAGACCUGGUGAAUGCGUACAAUUGCAGCUGUGUUCCUGGAUUCAACGGAACAAAUUGUGAAAACAAUAUUAAUGAGUGCUACUCCUUUCUCUGUGAGAACAACGGAACCUGUAGAGACCUAGUCAACGCGUACCAAUGCGAUUGUGUUCCUGGAUUUAAUGGAACACACUGUGAAAACAAUAUUGACGACUGCUCGCCAAGUCCCUGUCAAAACAAUGGAUCUUGUAAAGACCUGGUGAAUGCCUUCAAUUGCAGCUGUGUUCAUGGAUUCAACGGAACAAAUUGUGAAAACAAUAUUGAUGAGUGCUACCAUAUUCUCUGUCAAAACAACGGGACCUGUAGAGACCUAGUCAACGCAUACCAAUGCGAUUGUGUUCCUGGAUUUAACGGAACACACUGUGAAAACAAUAUUGACGACUGCUCGCCAAGUCCCUGUCAAAACAAUGGAUCUUGUAUAGACCUGGUCAAUGCAUACAAUUGCAGCUGUGUUCCUGGAUUCAACGGAACAAAUUGUGAAAACAAUAUUGAUGAGUGCUACCAUAUUCUCUGUCAAAACAACGGAACCUGUAGAGACCUAGUCAACGCGUACCAAUGCGAUUGUGUUCCUGGAUUUAACGGAACACACUGUGAAAACAAUAUUAACGAGUGCUCCUCAGGUCCCUGUCAAAACUAUGGAACUUUUUGAUUAAUAUAUCAUGACUUUAAAGAUUUGUGUUUCUCUGGGAAUAACAAAAAUGUUUAUGAAAUUGCAGAUAUUGACGAGUGUUUACCAGGUCCCUGUCAGAACAAUGGAACUUGUACAGACCUGCUCAAUGACUACAAUUGCAGUUGUGUUCCUGGAUUCAACGGAACAAAUUGUGAAAACAAUAUUGAUGAGUGUUUCCCUGAUCCCUGUCAAAACAACGCAACCUGUACAGACCUUAUCAACGAGUACCACUGCAAUUGUGUUCCUGGAUAUAAUGGAACAAACUGCGAAAACGAUAUUGACGAGUGUUUACCAGGUCCCUGUCAGAACAAUGGAACUUGUACAGACCUGCUCAAUGACUACAAUUGCAGUUGUGUUCCUGGAUUCAACGGAACAAAUUGUGAAAACAAUAUUGAUGAGUGUUUCCCUGAUCCCUGUCAAAACAACGCAACCUGUACAGACCUUAUCAACGAGUACCACUGCAAUUGUGUUCCUGGAUAUAAUGGAACAAACUGCGAAAACGAUAUUGACGAGUGUUUACCAGGUCCCUGUCAGAACAAUGGAACUUGUACAGACCUGCUCAAUGACUACAAUUGCAGUUGUGUUCCUGGAUUCAACGGAACAAAUUGUGAAAACAAUAUUGAUGAGUGUUUCCCUGAUCCCUGUCAAAACAACGCAACCUGUACAGACCUUAUCAACGAGUACCACUGCAAUUGUGUUCCUGGAUAUAAUGGAACAAACUGCGAAAACGAUAUUGACGAGUGUUUACCAGGUCCCUGUCAGAACAAUGGAACUUGUACAGACCUGCUCAAUGACUACAAUUGCAGUUGUGUUCCUGGAUUCAACGGAACAAAUUGUGAAAACAAUAUUGAUGAGUGUUUCCCUGAUCCCUGUCAAAACAACGCAACCUGUACAGACCUUAUCAACGAGUACCACUGCAAUUGUGUUCCUGGAUAUAAUGGAACAAACUGCGAAAACGAUAUUGACGAGUGUUUACCAGGUCCCUGUCAGAACAAUGGAACUUGUACAGACCUGCUCAAUGACUACAAUUGCAGUUGUGUUCCUGGAUUCAACGGAACAAAUUGUGAAAACAAUAUUGAUGAGUGUUUCCCUGAUCCCUGUCAAAACAACGCAACCUGUACAGACCUUAUCAACGAGUACCACUGCAAUUGUGUUCCUGGAUAUAAUGGAACAAACUGCGAAAACGAUAUUGACGAGUGUUUACCAGGUCCCUGUCAGAACAAUGGAACUUGUACAGACCUGCUCAAUGACUACAAUUGCAGUUGUGUUCCUGGAUUCAACGGAACAAAUUGUGAAAACAAUAUUGAUGAGUGUUUCCCUGAUCCCUGUCAAAACAACGCAACCUGUACAGACCUUAUUAACGAGUACCACUGCAAUUGUGUUCCUGGAUAUAAUGGAACAAACUGCGAAAACGAUAUUGACGAGUGUUUACCAGGUCCCUGUCAGAACAAUGGAACUUGUACAGACCUGCUCAAUGACUACAAUUGCAGUUGUGUUCCUGGAUUCAACGGAACAAAUUGUGAAAACAAUAUUGAUGAGUGUUUCCCUGAUCCCUGUCAAAACAACGCAACCUGUACAGACCUUAUUAACGAGUACCACUGCAAUUGUGUUCCUGGAUAUAAUGGAACAAACUGCGAAAACGAUAUUGACGAGUGUUUACCAGGUCCCUGUCAGAACAAUGGAACUUGUACAGACCUGCUCAAUGACUACAAUUGCAGUUGUGUUCCUGGAUUCAACGGAACAAAUUGUGAAAACAAUAUUGAUGAGUGUUUCCCUGAUCCCUGUCAAAACAACGCAACCUGUACAGACCUUAUCAACGAGUACCACUGCAAUUGUGUUCCUGGAUAUAAUGGAACAAACUGCGAAAACGAUAUUGACGAGUGUUUACCAGGUCCCUGUCAGAACAAUGGAACUUGUACAGACCUGCUCAAUGACUACAAUUGCAGUUGUGUUCCUGGAUUCAACGGAACAAAUUGUGAAAACAAUAUUGAUGAGUGUUUCCCUGAUCCCUGUCAAAACAACGCAACCUGUACAGACCUUAUCAACGAGUACCACUGCAAUUGUGUUCCUGGAUAUAAUGGAACAAACUGCGAAAACGAUAUUGACGAGUGUUUACCAGGUCCCUGUCAGAACAAUGGAACUUGUACAGACCUGCUCAAUGACUACAAUUGCAGUUGUGUUCCUGGAUUCAACGGAACAAAUUGUGAAAACAAUAUUGAUGAGUGUUUCCCUGAUCCCUGUCAAAACAACGCAACCUGUACAGACCUUAUCAACGAGUACCACUGCAAUUGUGUUCCUGGAUUUAAUGGAACAAACUGCGAAAACGAUAUUGACGAGUGUUUACCAGGUCCCUGUCAGAACAAUGGAACUUGUACAGACCUGCUCAAUGACUACAAUUGCAGUUGUGUUCCUGGAUUCAACGGAACAAAUUGUGAAAACAAUAUUGAUGAAUGCUUCCCUGAUCCCUGUCAAAACAACGCAACCUGUACAGACCUUAUCAACGAGUACCACUGCAAUUGUGUUCCUGGAUAUAAUGGAACAAACUGCGAAAACGAUAUUGACGAGUGUUUACCAGGUCCCUGUCAGAACAAUGGAACUUGUACAGACCUGCUCAAUGACUACAAUUGCAGUUGUGUUCCUGGAUUCAACGGAACAAAUUGUGAAAACAAUAUUGAUGAGUGUUUCCCUGAUCCCUGUCAAAACAACGCAACCUGUACAGACCUUAUCAACGAGUACCACUGCAAUUGUGUUCCUGGAUAUAAUGGAACAAACUGCGAAAACGAUAUUGACGAGUGUUUACCAGGUCCCUGUCAGAACAAUGGAACUUGUACAGACCUGCUCAAUGACUACAAUUGCAGUUGUGUUCCUGGAUUCAACGGAACAAAUUGUGAAAACAAUAUUGAUGAGUGUUUCCCUGAUCCCUGUCAAAACAACGCAACCUGUACAGACCUUAUCAACGAGUACCACUGCAAUUGUGUUCCUGGAUAUAAUGGAACAAACUGCGAAAACGAUAUUGACGAAUGUUUACCAGGUCCCUGUCAGAACAAUGGAACUUGUACAGACCUGCUCAAUGACUACAAUUGCAGUUGUGUUCCUGGAUUCAACGGAACAAAUUGUGAAAACAAUAUUGAUGAGUGUUUCCCUGAUCCCUGUCAAAACAACGCAACCUGUACAGACCUUAUCAACGAGUACCACUGCAAUUGUGUUCCUGGAUAUAAUGGAACAAACUGCGAAAACGAUAUUGACGAGUGUUUACCAGGUCCCUGUCAGAACAAUGGAACUUGUACAGACCUGCUCAAUGACUACAAUUGCAGUUGUGUUCCUGGAUUCAACGGCACAAAUUGUGAAAACAAUAUUGAUGAGUGUUUCCCUGAUCCCUGUCAAAACAACGCAACCUGUACAGACCUUAUCAACGAGUACCACUGCAAUUGUGUUCCUGGAUAUAAUGGAACAAACUGCGAAAACGAUAUUGACGAGUGUUUACCAGGUCCCUGUCAGAACAAUGGAACUUGUACAGACCUGCUCAAUGACUACAAUUGCAGUUGUGUUCCUGGAUUCAACGGCACAAAUUGUGAAAACAAUAUUGAUGAGUGUUUCCCUGAUCCCUGUCAAAACAACGCAACCUGUACAGACCUUAUCAACGAGUACCACUGCAAUUGUGUUCCUGGAUAUAAUGGAACAAACUGCGAAAACGAUAUUGACGAGUGUUUACCAGGUCCCUGUCAGAACAAUGGAACUUGUACAGACCUGCUCAAUGACUACAAUUGCAGUUGUGUUCCUGGAUUCAACGGCACAAAUUGUGAAAACAAUAUUGAUGAGUGUUUCCCUGAUCCCUGUCAAAACAACGCAACCUGUACAGACCUUAUCAACGAGUACCACUGCAAUUGUGUUCCUGGAUAUAAUGGAACAAACUGCGAAAACGAUAUUGACGAGUGUUUACCAGGUCCCUGUCAGAACAAUGGAACUUGUACAGACCUGCUCAAUGACUACAAUUGCAGUUGUGUUCCUGGAUUCAACGGCACAAAUUGUGAAAACAAUAUUGAUGAGUGUUUCCCUGAUCCCUGUCAAAACAACGCAACCUGUACAGACCUUAUCAACGAGUACCACUGCAAUUGUGUUCCUGGAUAUAAUGGAACAAACUGCGAAAACGAUAUUGACGAGUGUUUACCAGGCCCCUGUCAGAACAAUGGAACUUGUACAGACCUGCUCAAUGACUACAAUUGCAGUUGUGUUCCUGGAUUCAACGGAACAAAUUGUGAAAACAAUAUUGAUGAGUGUUUCCCUGAUCCAUGUCAAAACAACGCAACCUGUACAGACCUUAUCAACGAGUACCACUGCAAUUGUGUUCCUGGAUAUAAUGGAACAAACUGCGAAAACGAUAUUGACGAGUGUUUACCAGGUCCCUGUCAGAACAAUGGAACUUGUACAGACCUGCUCAAUGACUACAAUUGCAGUUGUGUUCCUGGAUUCAACGGAACAAAUUGUGAAAACAAUAUUGAUGAGUGUUUCCCUGAUCCCUGUCAAAACAACGCAACCUGUAUAGACCUUAUCAACGAGUACCACUGCAAUUGUGUUCCUGGAUAUAAUGGAACAAACUGCGAAAACGAUAUUGACGAGUGUUUACCAGGUCCCUGUCAGAACAAUGGAACUUGUACAGACCUGCUCAAUGACUACAAUUGCAGUUGUGUUCCUGGAUUCAACGGAACAAAUUGUGAAAACAAUAUUGAUGAGUGUUUCCCUGAUCCCUGUCAAAACAACGCAACCUGUACAGACCUUAUCAACGAGUACCACUGCAAUUGUGUUCCUGGAUAUAAUGGAACAAACUGCGAAAACGUGACGAUCGAUGAGGUUGCAAAUGUCACAUGACACAUAUGAGGACGAGACUUUAAAGAUUUCUGUUUCCCUGGGAAUAACAAAUAUGUUUAUGAUAUUGCAGAUAUUGACGAGUGUUUACCAGGUCCCUGUCAGAACAAUGGAACUUGUACAGACCUGCUCAAUGACUACAAUUGCAGUUGUGUUCCUGGAUUCAACGGAACAAAUUGUGAAAACAAUAUUGAUGAGUGUUUCCCUGAUCCCUGUCAAAACAACGCAACCUGUACAGACCUUAUCAACGAGUACCACUGCAAUUGUGUUCCUGGAUAUAAUGGAACAAACUGCGAAAACGGUAAGUACUGCUAAUGCGGUAUUUGUUUCAGAUCCAAUGGUACACCAUGCAAGGAUUGCAUUUUAUUUGUAAGAUGUUCAAGGUCUGUGUAUUUGUGUUUCUCUGGGAAUAACAAAUAUGUUUAUGAAAUUGCAGAUAUUGACGAGUGUUUACCAGGUCCCUGUCAGAACAAUGGAACUUGUACAGACCUGCUCAAUGACUACACUUGCAGUUGUGUUCCUGGAUUCAACGGAACAAAUUGUGAAAACAAUAUUGAUGAGUGUUUCCCUGAUCCCUGUCAAAACAACGCAACCUGUACAGACCUUAUCAACGAGUACCACUGCAAUUGUGUUCCUGGAUAUAAUGGAACAAACUGCGGAAACGAGAUUGACGAGUGCUUCCCAGGUCCCUGUCAAAACAAUGGAACUUGUACAGACCUGCUCAAUGACUACAAUUGCAGUUGUGUUCCUGGAUUCAACGGAACAAAUUGUGAAAACAAUAUUGAUGAGUGUUUCCCUGAUCCCUGUCAAAACAACGGAACCUGUACAGACCUGGUGAACGAGUACCACUGCAAUUGUGUUCCUGGAAUUAAUGGAACGAACUGUGAAAAUGAUAUCAAUGACUGCCGAGCAGACGUUUGUCAAAACAAUGGAACUUGUAUAGACCUUGUCAACGUUUACCAAUGUGUUUGUGUCGCAGGGUUCAAUGGAACAAAUUGUGAAUACAAUAUUGACGAGUGCUCCCCAGGUCCCUGUCAAAACAAUGGAACCUGUACAGACCUGGUCAGUGACUACUCUUGCAGUUGUGUUCCUGGAUUCAACGGAAAGAAUUGUGAAAUCAAUAGUGUGUUAGCAGUAGCAGUAGAUUCAUCGCCUUUUGUGGAGGAAGAAACUGGGUUGAUAGUCUGCAGCUAUAUUUCACACCGCAAUGCAUCUAUCAACAAUCUUCAUUUUAACUGGACAAAGAAUGGACUUGUGAUAUCUAAUUCAAAUUCUCACGUGAUUCAUUCAACGUGCCAUAUGAAUUUAUCCUGCGUGUCCACUCUUACCAUAACAGAGGUUGACAUUUUGACAGAAGGGCAGUAUACAUGCAACGUAAAAGAAGAAAUUCAGGGAAUAAUAUUUAGAGGGCAAAUGACAACGCAUAUUAAUAUAAAGCAAAAACCCAUUAUCGUGAUUAAACCUAUUCGUUCAUCUGUGGAGGAAGGAAGUCCUUUCCAUGUUAAUUGUUACGUCACAAACAAGGAAGAUGCAUAUAUAAAGAAUGGCACGGAUAUCAAAAUGUGUGUGAACAAGACAGAACAAAAUUGUCACUACAAUUCUAAUCAUAACUUUACCUGUAAUUUUACUGCGAUGUCUAAUGUUACCGUUGAAUGCAAACUGGGAAGUAAUUGCUCCAGUAGUUCCUUAGAAUUAUUCUCUGCAAUCACUGUCUUGAAAAAAGGUGAAAAACUCUGUCAAAAGGAAAGUGACUGGCCUACAACGCAAGCAGGACAGGAAGCAAUAAUCCCAUGUCCAGACGGGUAUUCGGGUGAAAAAACUAGAAAAUGCUUAAUACUUGGAUCAUGGGCUACCGUAAUAAAUUCAGAUGGCUGUAAAAAAGAAGAGCUUGAAAAGAUCGAAAACCUCCUCAAUGAUACAACAGAGUUAACCGAGAAUGCAUUAGACUCAUCUUUAUCGUCCAUCUCAUCAAUCGUCAACAGCUCCAUCACAUCUUCCAAUGAUAAUGACGUUGCUCAUAAUGACAUCAUACAAAGUGUGGACCUGAUAUCUACCAUAUCUGAUAAAACAGUCAAUUUUACAAACCAAGCUUCAGCCAACAAAACAACACAGGUAUUUAUGGGAGUCGUUAGCGAUAUACUUGACAAUGGAAAAAAUCAAGUGAAAGCUAAAAAUAAAACCAAGGAAAAAGAGGUUACGAGCAAAAUAUUAUCAUCGGUGAACAAGUUUGCGAAAUCAGUGACCAAGGCCUUACAAGUUAAUCAAUCAGUAACUGUCAACAAGACUAACAUGCUUUUAAGCAUAGAAAAAAUUGCAAAAACUACUGAUAUCAAGUUUCCAAAGAAAACAGAAGGCAACAGUCAACAGCUAACAACCCAUUUCACAUUGCCAAGUGAAGCUUUAGGAGAUAUUAAAGGAGACGGUGUUGCGUUCACGGCUGUUAAGUAUGAUAACAUUGGCUCCGAGUUCCUCUCUGGAAAUGAAACGAGUAUUGGUUCAAGCGUGUUAUCUCUUACCGUUGACGGAUUGAUUUCAACGAAUCUUAAAGAAAACAUCAUACUUUCAUUCCAAAGGAGAAAUGUUUCUAACAUUACUAGUACUCCAAAUUGUGUCUUCCUAUCAGAAGACCGGAAUAAUUUAGUCAGUGUAUGGAACACGUCCGGAUGCUCCUUAAAAGACUUUACCGACACUCAGGUUACAUGCACGUGCAACCAUCUAACCAACUUUGCCAUUCUGAUGAGUCUGACCAAGACUCCCAGUAGCCAUUCGCAAGCAUUGACAUUAAUUACCUACAUUGGAUGCAGUUUUUCAGUCCUAGGAGCUUUGGCCACUAUAGUCAUUUAUCUUUACUUUUGGAGGUACUUGAAGAAUCGUCGGUCUGUACUUAUUAUCAAUCUCUGUCUAGCGCUUUCCAUUGCAUAUCUGUUGUUCCUAACAGUUUUGGAUCAAACGAAUGAUACAGUGGGGUGCAGUGUUAUUGCAGCUCUGCUGCAGUACUUUUUCCUCGCCAUGUUUUGCAUCAUGUUAGCGCUUGGAAUCGACCUGGCUAUCGCUGUAUUGGAUGUUUUCAGUUCAAGAUCUAGUUCCGGCCUCUUGCUACUUUUAGGCUGGGGCUUGCCUGCUGCGAUUGUUGGAAUAACCCUGCUGUCAACAAACGUAGGUGGUUAUGGAGAUGAAACAUUUUGUUGGUUGAGAAAUGAUACACUUUUUGGAUUUAUUGGUCCAGCCUUGGCAAUAAUCUUGGUUAAUUUUAUAAUUCUUAUCAUCGUUAUGAAAACGAUGUUUUCUUCGUCGUUUAUGCUGAAGAAAACUGUAAAAGAGAAAACGAUAAGCGGCUUACGAGGGAUGUGUGCGUUACUACCCACGCUUGGAUUAACGUGGGUUUUUGGAGUUUUGUCUCUUGGAGGAGCCGCCGUUGUAUUUCAGUAUUUAUUUUCUAUAUUUAAUUCUCUUCAGGGCCUAUUUAUAUUUAUUUUCCAUGUCCUACUAAAUACCCAGGUUCGACAAGCAGUAUCAAGGAAAGUGAAGAAAUAUGAAUCAAGGACUUUAUCAACAAAAACAUCAAAAAGCAAAUUUGUAUCAAAAUCAAGUUCAAAGGAAAUGCAAAGUUUUGAGGAAUCAAACGAGGGUUUUAGAAAUGAAUCAACAGGAUUUGCGAUACCAAGAAUAGAUUCAUCGGAUGUUGGACAACAUGGACCUUUCAAGUCAAGUUGAUGAAGUCUUGCGUGAAACGUGAACUCUUAAAUAUUUUUACGGAGCCAACCAAUCAUAUUACUUAAUUAUGUUUAUCGAAUAAUUCGAGUAAAACAAUGGACUUGAUAAAGAAUUCUAUAAAACAGAAUUUAAAAAAAAACCCGGUAAAAAACAAGUUUUUUUAAUGAUUGUUUUAAAAUGAAUACCAGAAAAAAAAGAGAUUUAAUAAUGAUUGUGUGUGUUGUGUUGAUUUCAAUAUUAUGAUACUGUAUAACUGUUAUUUACAAUUGUUAUUUAUCAGAAUAAAAGAAAAA